AGUGUUAAUUUCCACUCAAUGUCAUUUAAUUGGCUGAGAAAAUCUAGAUAAAUUUCUAACCAUGUUGUUUAUUUAACUUUAGCGAUCAAAGUGCAAUUAGAUACGACAUUAAGAAAUUUUAAUUCACUCUUGUUGGACCUUGAACGGAUUAAUAAUGGCAGAAUAUGGUAAAUUCGGCCCUUUGAUCGGAGCUAUAGACGAAGGAACGUCGAGUGCGAGAUUCAUAAUAUUCAAAGCAAAUUCUUGCGAAGUAGUUGCGGUGCAUCAGAAGGAGUUGGAACAACAUUUUCCUCAGGAAGGAUGGGUCGAACAGGAUCCAAAUAUGAUCUUAGAAGUUGUUAUCACUUGCAUAACAAAAGCUGUAGAGCAACUUGUCGCCUUAGGCGGUAAUCCCAAGGAUAUAAUAGCCGUCGGUGUAACAAACCAACGUGAGACAACAAUAGUAUGGGAUAAGUAUACGGGGAAACCUCUCCAUAAUGCCAUAGUAUGGUUGGACAUGAGAACUUCAUCAACUAUUGACAAACUACUGGACUUGGUCCCCAAUAAAACGAGAAAUAAAAAUUAUUUAAAGCCAUUAUGUGGUCUACCGAUGUCACCGUACUUCAGCGCUGUUAAGUUAAGAUGGCUGAGCGACAACGUGGAUGCUGUGAAGCAGGCCAUGAAGAAGGGAUCGUGCUGCUUUGGUACCGUCGAUACUUGGAUUAUAUGGAAUUUGACAGGGGGUGUCAACGGGGGUAAGCACGUGACAGACGUGACGAAUGCCUCUCGAACAAUGCUCAUGAACAUUGAAAGUUUGAAAUGGGAUCCGGUUUUGAUUAAUUUUUUUGAAGUGCCUUUGUCUGUGCUACCGGAAAUAAAGUCUAGUUCUGAAAUCUAUGGCUACAUAGCCGAUGGACCUCUCCAGAGUGUACCGAUAUCGGGAUGUCUCGGAGACCAGCAGGCGGCUUUAGUGGGCCAGAUGUGUCUAAAUCAAGGUCAAGCAAAGGCAACGUAUGGUACCGGUUGUUUUGUGUUGUAUAACACCGGUGAUAUCAGAGUUAACUCAAGUAGAGGCCUGCUAACUACCGUCGCCUAUCAGUUGGGUAGUAGGAAUCCAGCGUGUUACGCUUUGGAAGGCUCUGUCGCGAUAGCGGGUGCAGCGCUUGGUUGGCUUAAAGAUAACAUUGGACUGUUGGAAAAUACUAAGGAUUCACAGGAAAUAGCAGAAAGUGCGACUGAAAACGGAAGUGUCGUCUUUGUUCCCGCCUUUAGUGGAUUGUACGCGCCAUAUUGGAGGCAGGACGCUAGGGGUGUCAUCUGUGGUAUAACGGAAGAUACGAAUUCCAAUCACAUAGUGAAGGCGGCCUUGGAGGCCGUCUGCUUUCAAGUGAAAGACAUAUUGGACGCUAUGAAUGAGGAUUGCGGGAUACCUUUACAGAUACUGAAGGUCGACGGCGGUAUGACGUCAAAUGAAUUCGUACUGCAAAUACAAGCGGACUUGAUAGGUAUUAACGUUAUAAAGGCAGGUUUUACUGAAAGUACCGCUUUAGGCGCUGCGUUAGUAGCAUACUGGGCCCUAGAUUCAAACAGACAGGCCUCCCAAAUCGAUAUGACCCCCGGGAUCACUUACAAGCCCAGGAUAUCUGAUGAUGAAAGGGAUAUGAGAUAUAAGCAUUGGAAAAUGGCGGUGGAGAGGUCUUUAGGCUGGGAACAGACCUAAAAAUUAUUUUUACUCUGUUACAUUUUUUUGUAAAUAAAAAUCGGGUUUUUAUUUUACUA